CUAUCAAGCACUCGACGGCUACUAAAGACCAGCUCAACAAGAAAGCAAAAAAAUGAAGAGACUGCAUAGGGGGACAGCCGUUGCCCUGACUUUGUUGCUUUCAGCUACCUUGAUAUCCCUUUCCUGGAGUGCUCCACAGAGUCACUUCCAAAGAAGAAAUUGGACACCUCAGGCCAUGCUCUACUUAAAGGGUGCACAGGGUCGUCGGUUCAUCUCGGAGGAGAGCCAGAGGAAGGAUUUAUAUGACAGAUUGCAGCUUGAAACACGCAGCCAAAAUAUGAAUCCUCUCACCCUUUCUGAAGCAGCGGCAUUGUUUCUUUCCUCCCUACGAAAGGCAGCACAGGAAGAAGCAGAUGAAGAAGAAGGAGAAGAGAAACCUGGAUAUGUUUCUGAUGGCCUAUUAAACUGGUGAAAGACUUUCGACCUGAGAUGGGAGCAUCCUAUGGCAUGUACUUAAAAAGAAAACAUGUUCGAUAUGAAAAACUUUCCCCCUUCAUCCGUUCUGACUUCUCAUCUCAGCUUCCCUUCUGUAUCUUCUUCAAGCGAAUCUCCCCAUGGUAUCAAUGCUUAAACAAUUAAAGGCCAUUUUCCAGCUUAGGAACUUAUGCAUUUAUUACAGCUUUGAGCUUGAGCUCAUCAGAGGCCUUCAUUUCCCCCCAUUGUUUUUGCAAGUGUAGCUGGGGGGGGGACUUCUAUUCACACAUGCCCAAAUAGGUAACAUUUUUUACAAAAUAGUAUUUCCCAAGAAGUCAUUUCUAGGUGUUCCCCAUUUAAUUAUUUUCUCCCCAGCCAGUUUUACUAAAACAUCAAUUUUAUGUAACUUUAAUUGCCAUGGCUUCUCCCAAAGAACAACAUGAAAUGUAGUUUGGGGUGGGCACUGAGAAUAUGCACCUUGUCCCUCUUACAAACUACAGUUCACAAAGUUUUCUGAGGUGAGAGAAUGACUGUUAAACCAAACUGAAUUUUCCAGUGUAGAUUAAGUAGCGGGGUUCAGACCUUUGCAGCCGUUUGUUUUGGCUUGGGUCUGCUAUCAGGUCUGAAUAAAGAAAUUCAAGAUUACUUAUGUGAAUGAUUUAUUCUGCUUUCAGAAUCUGGAUUUCUAUGAUGCAGGAUUUGGCGACUCUGCAUGAGUAGUGGCCAUAAUAUCUGGCUGAAUUUUUGGACUUCUUAGUUUCUCCCUUCAUCUUCUGCUUUUUUAAAUUUUUUUUGAUACCACCUGGCCUGAAGAAGCGUUCUGGAGAACUUGAAAGCUUGCAUGCUUCUGUGCCAUUUUGCUUGGUCUUAAUAAAGUUAUUGCCCACCUAUGGAUUUUGUUUUUUUUCCUCCUCAUAGAUCAGCAUGGCUUUCUUUCUGUGUGUUUAUUAUUCCACUUAAGAUUG